CUCGUCAUUUUUUUUUCCUGGGUCUCACCGCAUCAUCAUCAUCGUCGUCGUCGACCCCUUUCCGAAAUGUUGCUCUUUUGUUGAUCAGAUUGGUGCUAUCAUUUCUAUCCUCCCUCAGAUUUAGAUUCCUCCUCCUCUCUUCUUCGAGUGUUUUCCCUCGGUGAUAUAUAUUUUGAUUGGGCCUCUCUCUGAUACUACUCUGGCCUCUUGUUCUUUUCCGGAAUGUUCGAUACAGGGUGUCCUGACGAGACCGUAUAUGGUUCCCUGAGAGCUGCUCUCAAAUCUCAGGCUUUCAUGGCUGUAGACGGAGGGCAGCAAAAGGAAGUUUCUCUUUCAAACUCAGGGCACUGAUCACGGAGGUACGCAGAACAAAGGUAUCAGAAACAGCCUCAAAUAUUUUUGCGAUUUUCGGUAUUCCACAAUGGUUCGAUUGAUGCAUCCCCUCGAGUUGCUUCAAGGAGGCAAUAAUAAUUAUUUGGGAUGAAAGAUGUUAGUUUUGAUCUGGGUUUUUGCUGGAAGGAAGAAAAGAGGUUCUGAUACAGUAACAAAGAUUAGCAAAUAGAGGGGUCUUACGUAGUUGAAUUCAAUGGCAGCGUCCGCGGUGCAGCUUCCAGCUGCGCAAGCAAGCACCCCUAGGAAGAAAAUGACGAAACAGUUGACAGGAAAGCGGGAUGAUACCCCUCUACACACAGUAGCAAGAUCAGGAAAUAUGGCUGUUGUGAAGGAGAUCCUUACGGGCACUGAAGAAUCUGAACUCAAUGUAUUGUUGGCUAAGCAAAAUCAGGCUGGAGAAACAGCUCUUUAUGUUGCUGCUGAAUAUGGUUAUGUUGAAUUAGUUAGGGAGAUGAUUAAAUAUUACGAUCUUGCCAAUGCUGGAAUUAAAGCUAGAAAUGGUUUUGACGUAUUCCUUAUUGCUGCCAAACAAGGCGAUAUAGAUGUACUGAAGAUCCUUAUGGAGGCUCAUCCUGAAUUAUCUAUGACGGUAGAUCCAUCAAACACCACAGCUUUGCACAUGGCAGCAACCCAGGGGCAUACAGAGGUGGUGAAUUUUCUAUUGGAAGCAGGAAGUAGCAUAGCAACCAUUGCCAGAAGCAAUGGGAAAACAGCCCUACAUUCUGCUGCAAGAAACGGGCAUUUGGAGGUUGUUAAAGCGCUUCUGGAGAAGGAGCCUGCGGUUGCAACACGGACUGAUAAGAAGGGCCAGACGGCACUUCACAUGGCUGUGAAGGGACAAAACAUUGAGGUAGUGGAGGAGCUGAUAAAAGCAGAUCCCUUAUCAGUCAACAUGGUUGAUAACAAGGGAAACACAGCAUUGCAUAUAGCUACGAGGAAAGGAAGGACUCAGAUUGUCAAGAUGCUUCUUGGACGGAGGGAAACAGACAAAACGGCGGUUAACAGAAGUGGUGAGACAGCAAUUGACACUGCAGAGAAAACUGGGAACUUUGAAAUUAAAGCCAUUCUUGACGAACAUGGCGUGCAGAGUGCCAAGAACAUAAAGCCUCAGUCUGCCACAAACACAGCGCGUGAGCUGAAACAAACAGUGAGCGACAUAAAGCACGAGGUGCAUUACCAAUUGGAGCACACACGCCAAACCAGAAAACGAGUCCAAGGCAUAGCCAAACGUCUAAACAAAAUGCAUGCAGAAGGGCUUAACAACGCUAUAAACUCCACAACUGUGGUGGCAGUACUAAUCGCCACUGUUGCCUUUGCUGCUAUAUUCACAGUUCCUGGCCAGUACGUUGAUGACCCCAAACAUAUACCUGUGGGAGAGACCUUGGGCGAAGCAAACAUAGCCCCACAAGUUCCGUUCAUCAUUUUCUUCGUGUUUGAUUCCAUAGCCCUCUUCAUUUCUCUGGCCGUCGUGGUGGUGCAAACGUCGGUGGUGGUGAUAGAGAGCAAGGCAAAGAAGCAGAUGAUGGCCAUUAUUAACAAGCUCAUGUGGCUGGCCUGUGUGCUCAUAACGGUGGCGUUCUUGGCGUUGUCUUUUGUAGUGGUGGGAAAGCAUGAGAGGUGGCUGGCGAUAGGAGUGACCAUAAUAGGGACCACUAUAAUGGCGACAACCUUGGGGACAAUGUCGUACUGGGUCAUUAGGCAUCGGAUUGAGGCCUCAAAUUUGAGGAGUAUUAGGAAAUCUUCUAUGGGAAGCAGGUCCAGGUCUUUUUCAGUGUCGGUCAUGUCGGAUUCUGAGCUACUAAAUAAUGAGUUCAAGAAAAUGUAUGCCAUUUAGAAGGAUUCUAUACAUAACUCACAAUGUUCAUAUGCUGCUGGAUUAUUUGUAUAUCCACCGGAUCACAAAAAAAAAAAAAAAAAAGCUGUUCCGAAGUGCCUGUUGUCGCAUCUGGGAUGUGGAAAUUUGCGACCGUUCAUUUCA